AAUCAUACAAAGAUUAAAUCGAGAGCGGGUAACUGAGAGUGGCGUGAAGGCAUUAGCGCAGGAGUCGUUUAUAGGCGUGACAUGAUUAUUGCAAGGUAGAUUGACGUCUGUGACUCUGAAAGCGGCUCCCAUGAGGGACACGAGAAGGAAACAAAAGUACUCGUUUCGAGGUUUCGCUACUGUAUACAUAGUGUUCAAAAUAUCUCGCAGGUCACUUCAAUACAACGGAAACUCAAACCAAAGAUCUACUCUUUGAGAAUCAUUACACACAUACAGAGCCAUUCCAACCAUGCUCGGCCCUCCCAUCAAUCUGCCUAAAUGGCUGAGUGAGAACUCUCACCUUCUGCAGCCGCCCAUCAACAACUACUGCGUGUACAAUGAGGACUUUACCGUCAUGAUUGUGGGCGGGCCCAACGCCCGGACCGACUACCACAUCAACGAGACCCCCGAGUACUUCUACCAGUACAAGGGCGCCAUGACGCUCAAGGUCGUCGACGACGGCAAGUUCAGGGACAUUAUCAUCCGCGAGGGCGACAUGUUCCUCCUCCCCGGCAACACGCCGCACAACCCCGUCCGCUUCGCGAACACGGUCGGCCUCGUCAUCGAGCAGAGGCGGCCCGCCGAGUCCAUCGACCGCCUGCGCUGGUACUGCAGCCGCUGCGGCGAGGUCGUCGACGAGUCGGCCUUUCACUGCACAGAUCUCGGCACCCAGAUCAAGCAGGCCGUCAACGCCUUCAAGGAAGACCAGGAGAAGAGGACGUGCAAGAAGUGUGGUGAGGUGGCGGAUGCCGCCCCCAAGCUUGGGUCCAUCCAAGAUCCCAACCUGGAGUGAUCUGUAGUUGUAGCCAUCAAAGUCUCUAUUUGUAUAU